AUGGCUGAAUCCUUUUUUUCGGACUUUGGCUUAUUGUGGUACCUGGAGGAGCUCAGAAAGGAAGAGUUCUGGAAAUUUAAGGAACUCCUCAAGCAAGAACCUCUGCAACUUGAGCUCAAGCCAAUCCCAUGGACCGAGUUAAAGAAGGCUUCAAGAGAAGAUGUAGCAAAGCUGUUGGGCAAACACUACCCAGGAAAGCAGGCAUGGGAGCUGACACUGAACCUGUUUCUACAGAUUGAGCGGCGUGACCUCUGGACAAAGGCUCAGGAAGAGAUCAGAAAUAAACCAAACCCAUACAGAAAUCACAUGAGAGAAAAAUUCCGUCUCAUAUGGGAGAAAGAAACCUGCCUUCCAGUUCCCAGUGAUUUCUAUAAAGAAACCACAAAGAAUGAGUAUGAAACCCUGAAGGCUGCAUAUCCUGCCAGCCAGGCUGGAGAGCCCACACCCACGGUGGUCUUGCAAGGUCCAGAAGGGAUUGGCAAAACAACCCUUUUGAGGAAAGUCGUACUGGAAUGGGCAGAGGGCAACCUUUGGAAGGACAGAUUUACAUUUAUCUUCUUCCUCAAUGGCUGUGAAAUGAACGCCAUUGCAGAGACCAGCUUAGUGGAGCUCAUCUCCAGGGACUGGCCUCAGUCUUCAGAGCCGGUCGAGGACAUUUUUUCGCAGCCAGAGAGAAUCCUGUUCAUCAUGGACGGCUUUGAGGAACUCAAGUUUGAUUUGGAGAUUACGACUCAGCUGUGCGAUGACCAGAAGCAGCGGAAGCCAAUGCAGAUUAUCGUGAGGAGUUUGCUGCAGAGAAAAAUGCUUCCAAAGUCUUCUCUGCUUGUCGCAUUGGGAACAGUGGGCAUGAGAAGAUAUUAUUUCCUGUUGCAGCAUCCAAAAUACAUAGUCCUCCCAGGAUUCUCUCAUCAUGAAAGGAAGCUGUAUUUCUACCAUUUCUUCCGCGAGAGGAGCAAAGCCAUGAAAGCCUUCAGUUUCGUGAGGGACAACGUCCCGCUCUGUAUGUUCUGCCAUAAUCCUCUUGUAUGCUGGCUGGUCUGUACUUGUAUGAAAUGGCAGCUGGACAAAGGAAAAGAGCUUGAGGUUGCGUCCGAAAGCACCACUUCUUUGUAUGCAUCCUUUUUAAUGAACGUGUUCAAGUCAAGAAAUGAAAACUGUCCCCCCAAGCAGAGCAGAGCCCGACUGAAAGGCCUGUGUACCUUGGCUGCAGAGGGAAUAUGGACGCGCACAUUUGUGUUUCGCCAUGGGGACCUCAGGAGGAGUGGGGUAUCUGAGUCCGAUACCUUGAUGUGGGUGGGCAUGAGACUCCUUCUCAGGAAUGGCGACUGUUUUAUCUUCAUGCAUUUGUGCAUCCAAGAGUUUUGUGCCGCCAUGUUCUAUCUGCUCAGACAACCCGAGGACAAUCCUGACCCGGCCAUUGGGAGUGUGACCGAGCUUGUAACAGCAGGUGUGAGUCGGGUCCAGAGCCACUUGUCCCAGAUGAUAACAUUCUUGUUUGGAGUUUCAACUGGAAAAAUAACCAACAUGCUGGAGACGUCCUUUGGUUUUCUUCUGUCCAAAGAGAUAAGGCAGGAAAUAACCCAGUGCCUCAAAAGUUUAAGUCAAUGUGACACCAAUCAGGUUGUGGUGAAUUUCCAGGAAUUGUUCAGCGGUUUGUUUGAGACCCAUGAGAAAGAAUUUGUAAGGCAAGUGAUGGAUUUCUUCGAGGAAGUUGAUAUUUACAUUGGUAACAUUGAAGAAUUGGUAAUAUCAGCAUUCUGUAUGAAACAUUGCCAAAAUUUGCAGAAACUUCACCUGUCUAUAGAAAAUGUCUUUUCAGAUGACUCUGGAUCCAUCACAAAUGAUGAGGAGAAGCUCUCCUUCUGGAAGGACCUUUGUUCUGUGUUCACGGCCAACAAGAACUUUCAGAUGUUAGAUCUGGACAAUUGUAUGUUUGACGAGCCCUCCCUGGAAAUUCUCUGGAAAGCCCUGGCUCAUCCUGUUUGUAAACUCCAAAAGUAUAAUUUUGCAUCUUAUGUUGGAAAUGGCCCAGACUUCUUUGAGGCCAUUCUUCACAACCCUUGUCUGAAAUGCCUGAACCUGCACGGCACUAGACUCUCCCUUGUGAGCGUCAGGCAGCUGUGUGAGACGCUAAAGCACCCCGUGUGCACCGUGCAACAGCUGAUGUUGGGGAGGUGUGACAUCACAGCAAAAGCUUGCAACGAUAUUGCCUCGGUCCUGGUCUGCAACAAGAAUCUGAAGCUUCUCUCCCUGGUGGAAAACCCUCUGAGGAAUGAAGGCAUGCUGAUGCUGUGUGAUGCCCUGAAGCACCCAGACUGUGCCCUGGAGACACUGCUGCUGAUGUGCUGUGGCCUCACCUCUGUGGCCUGCGACUACCUCUCCCAAGCCCUUGUGUGCAACACAUCCCUGUCCGUGCUCGAUCUGGAGUCAAAUCUCCUGGAAGAUAGUGGAGUGGCAUCUCUUUGUGAGGCACUGAAGCAUCCAAAUUGCAACAUCGAGCAGCUGUGGUUGUCGGAUUGUUACCUUACCCCUCUUUGUUGCAAGCACCUCUCUGCUGUUCUUGUUGGCAAUGAAAAACUAAAGACCCUGAAACUAGGGAGCAAUGACAUACAAGACGCCGGAGUCAAGGAAUUAUGUGAAGCUCUGAAGCAUCCGAACUGUAAAGUAGAGACUCUUGGGCUGGAAAUAUGUCACCUCACUACUGCCUGUUGUGAGGCCCUGGCCUCGGCCCUCACUGGCUGCAAAUCACUGAGGAACCUGAACCUGGACUGGAUUAGCUUGGACCAUGAUGGGGCAGUGGUGCUUUGUGAAGCCAUGUGCCACCUGGACUGCACCCUGCAGCGGCUUGGGCUGGACAAAUCUGCGUUUGAUGAGGAGACUCAGAUGCUACUGACCGCUGUGGAAGAGAAAAAUCCCCACCUGACCAUUUCCCACCAACUUUGGGUCAACGAAGAGUACAGGGUCAGGGGUGUGCUCUCUUGA